AUGUCUUGUCGCUCCUACAGAGUCAGCUCUGGGUGCAGGAUGGGCAGCUUCAGCUCUUGCUCAGCUGUGACCCCCCAGAACCUGAGCCACUUUCAGGCCAGCUCUGUCCCCUGCAAGAGUGGGCCUGGUCUCCRGGGCCUUGGUGCCUUUGGUAGUCGGAGUGUCAUCAACUUUGGGUCCCAUGCACCCCGGAUGGCAGCUGUAGGCCCUCAUCCCACCCGCUGUGGAGUUGGCUUUGGUCCUGGCAGUAGGAUGGCCUUCGGCUUUGGUGACAGGAGUGGUGUCGGUCUGGGAUUUAGGGCCUGCAGUGGUGUUGGUCUGGGCUUUGGAGGUGGCAGUGGCUUUGGCCAUGGUUUCAGCGGCCCUGGCUUUGGCUACAGAGUUGGAGGCAUUGGAGGACCAGCAGCCCCAUCUAUCACAGCGGUGACUGUUAACCAGAGCCUGCUGACGCCCCUCAACCUGGAGAUUGACCCCAAUGCCCAGAGGGUGAAGAAGGAUGAGAAGGAGCAAAUCAAGACCCUCAACAACAAGUUCGCCUCCUUCAUUGACAAGGUACGGUUCCUAGAGCAACAGAACAAGCUCUUAGAAACCAAGUGGAGCUUCCUCCAAGAGCAGAAAUGUGCCAGGAGCAACCUAGAACCUCUCUUUGAGAACUACAUCACCAACUUGCGGAGGCAGCUGGAGACACUGGUCAGUGACCAGGCCCGGCUGCAGGCUGAGAGGAACCACUUGCAGGAUGUCCUCCAGGGCUUCAAGAAGAAGUAUGAGGAGGAGGUGGGAUUCCGAGCCAAUGCUGAGAAUGAGUUUGUGAMUCUGAAAAAGGAUGUGGACACAGCUUUCUUGAAUAAAUCUGAUCUAGAAGCCAACRUGGAUGCCCUAACUCAGGAAAUUGACUUCCUUAAAACCCUGUACAYGGAGGAAAUCCAGUUGCUGCAGUCGCACAUCUCAGAGACAUCAGUCAUCGUGAAGAUGGACAACAGCAGGGACCUGAACCUUGACGGGAUCAUCGCCGAAGUCAAGGCUCAGUAUGAGGAGGUGGCCAGGCGCAGCCGCGCUGAUGCUGAGGCCUGGUACCAGACCAAGUAUGAAGAGAUGCGAGUGACAGCUGGCCAACAAUGUGACAACCUACGCCACACCCGGGACGAGAUCAAUGAACUGACCCGGCUGAUCCACAGGUUGAAGGCAGAGAUCGAGCAUGCCAAGGCUCAGCGAGUCAAGCUGGAGGAAGCAGUGGCCGAGGCAGAGCAGCAGGGCGAGGCGGCCCUCAGUGACGCCAAAUGCAAGCUGGCAGACCUGGAGGGCGCCCUGCAGCAGGCCAAGCAGGACAUGGCACGACAGCUGCGGGAGUACCAGGAGCUCAUGAACGCCAAGCUGGGCCUGGACAUCGAGAUCGCCACCUACAGGAGGCUGCUAGAGGGCGAGGAAGUCCGCAUCUGUGAAGGCGUUGGCCCAGUUAACAUAUCUGUGAGCAGCACCCGGGGUGGCGUGGUGUGUGGGCCUGAGCACCUGGUCACUGGCUCCACCCUGUCCCACAGCGGAGUCACCUUCUCUGGCAGCAGCAGCAUCCGCACCACAGGGGGGGUCCUGACUUCCUGCAGCUCCAGCCUGGGUGGGGCACGGGGCAGCCACGGGGACCUGCUGAGCACGGGCACCAAGGGGGGCUCAGUGCUUGUGGGUGAGGCCUGCGCCCCCAGCGUCCCGUGCCCGCUGCCCACUGAGGGUAGCUUCAGCAGCUGCAGUGGUGGCCGCAGUACCCGCAGCUCCAGCGUCCGCUUCUCGUCCACCACCACCUCUCGCAGGACCAAGUACUAAGCCAACCCCCAGGCCCCAGCCACUGUCCAGAGGAGAACCAACUC